AUGAACUUGAAGCAGAAGCAGCCGCCUCCCCUGCCGAUGCAACCACCACCACAAAUGCUGCCGACCACUGCAAGGUCUCCCUCCGAUACGAACGACAAUGAAAUUAACGACAACAACGCAGCCAAUACUUCCAACGAUGAGUUUUCGACAUGUUUCAAAAGCACAUUUGCCUAUGCUGGCCAUUCCAGUAGAAGAUUAUUCAAACUUUCCAGAGGAUUCAAUCUGCCAAAAAGAAAUUUGUUACCUCGUAUGAAGAAUAGCCCGAGAGGUGUCAGAUACAAAGGAAGCAACCUGAGAAAGGAUUCCAGUCCAACCAUAUCUCUUGGAAAUAUGAAGGAGACCGGAGCCAUAAUAACAAACGAGAUAACGGGCAGUCGAGAGCAAAACGUGAAAGAUAUCAAAAAACCCGGAAAAGGUAAAAAUUUGGCAAGGAUUGGCUGGAAGAAUACAAAAUGUUGCAUCCGAAAAUGUGGCAGAUGCAAAUCGGUGUGCUUUAAAAUAUUCCUCAUAAUUGUCAAUUUCGUCUUCAUGCUAUAUAUUAACGUAUAUAAAUCGUUAGAUGGUGGUGUCGGGGUGAAGUAA